AUGGCAUGGGGCGGAAGUGUUAAGCUGGUAACAACGGUGGCGGUAGUAUGCUGCAUGGGAGGAGAGAGGAGAAGGAUGGGCUCGUCUGCAGGAAAGGAGCAAGCAGGCCAUGCAGGAAGCAGCGGGGGCUACUACAGCAGGAGCGAUGCUUUAGGGAGCAUGCCUUGUUCGAGCAUGCGGAGAUUGAGGGGAGGAGGGCAACCUGGACCGCAAGUUGGACCCAGCGCUAACCUGAGCCCUGAACCGAGCGACAUCAAUGUGUUCAAAGUGGAUGACAAGAGAGCCGCGUUCCCGGACUUCGUCUGUAUCAAGUCAGCUCUACGCCGAAAGAACUCGAAUAUAUGGAAUGGGAGGAGGAUUUUCAUACGGUGCGGCAAGAAGGAGCAGGAAUUUCUUGCCCACAGGUCGCACUUCAUGACAGCAUUGCCUCCCUUCAUCCUCACCUGCGUGCCUGGAAUAGACGUGCAUGAUCAGAUGACCGCAUCUACCUGCUCGAUUCUGAGCUUGAGUAAGGUGCAAUUGUGGGGGAAAUGGGAAUUUCAAGGAGAAAGCAUCGGCAUCUUCCAGGGGCUCUUCCUUAUGCAUACAGUUUAUGGGCCAUACAACCCACUGAUGCUCAUCGAAAACAAGGCAGAUAUCUUGUUCGAGCAAUGCGAGAUUCGAAACCUGGGAGGGAAGUGCAUUGUAAUGCGACAGUUUGCAGAGGUCACCAUGGACAGAUGCACCGUUGGUGGAACAUGCGGGUGCCGUCCUCUCCCAAAUCAUUUUUCUGCUAACGUCUCACAUGAAGAUCUCGUGCCCCGGAUCAUCACAAGCAGCUGCAGUGCAUCCAAAGAGAAGAGGAAGAAAAUGAGUACACGGAUCGACCCUGAGAAGCAUUGGGCACCCGGAGGGUGGAGGUUUGCCUCCGAUGGCAUCUCUGUGGAGAGCGGAUCGUGGCUGAUAGCCAAGAAGGUUCUCUUUGAAGACACAGGACGAGCAGACCACGCUAACAUGAUCGUCUUGCUCUCCUCUUCUUCUCUCCACAUCUCGCUCAUCAUCUCAGGUGGAGUUGCUCUGAGAUUAGUAGGACACGCUCGUGCCAACCUGUUCGAGUGUCGCUUCCAACGCAACCGAGUACACCUCGCAGCCGAUGCUACAGUGGUCAUGGACCUGGAGAAAUGUGACACCUUUGAGUUCGACGAGAAACGCAAGGACGAUCCCAGGUACCAUGGUGACGUCACCAAUUUCUACGCACAUCGAGCCAUACGGCUUCCAGGAAACGGAACAGCGAUUCUCGAGGCGCAGGAUCCGGAUCCUCUUUCAGGGAGGAAGUGGAGGGAAGUCAACACGCUGAACAGGUAUUGGACGCCUGGGGCUGCUGUUCGCGGUGUGGACCCGUACAAGAAGAUCAAGAGAGACAAAGAGAGGAAAGAGAGGAAGGAGUUGAAGGCAAAGUUAAGGUUGAAGUACGAGGCGAUGGGGUAUCCUGGUAUCCCAAAGGAUGUGGUAACUCGGCUGCAGGUCAUAGCAGUCAAGAGGAGGGACUUUACUGCGUUCACGCGCCCCAAGUCAAGGAGAAAAAAAGUCUACUUGUGA